AGCCAAUAUAACUUGGCUGUGAUCAAGCUAUUUAUAGUGUAAUUGCUAAUUAGGUAAUAAUAGGAAUCUUGUUUUCAAUUGGCGGCAAAAACAUCAAAGGUAUGCGGAAAGCAUCGUACAUGUAUAAUGAGCCUUUAAACUCUAAGUAGUGCGCAAGCGCAAGCUAUUUUAAGAUGCAAACGUUUUGGCUCAUUAACUCGUUUUGAAUACGAUCUUUCUGCAUACUUUUGAUGUUUUUUCCCGCCAAUAGAAAACAAGAUUCAUAUGAAUAGAUUUAUUUUGAGCCUCUUGAUGAAUAACCAGUUUAAAUGAAAGAUUUCAACUGAACACAAUGCUUCCUAACGUAUGAUUCAACAAGAUGAAAGGAAACAACUCGGAUCUCUUUCAUGCUAAAACCACUGGCUUUAUCCUUCCUACUAAUAACUGGUCAACGGUAUGGGUUGCUUUGGUUAGUAUGUACUUAAUAAUAAUUGCUGUUUUAAGCAUCGUUGGAAAUAUAUCCACCAUUGUCGUACUCACGAAAAUGAAGAAACACAAGAAAAUGGUCAUGAACAACCAAGUUUUGUUGAGUCUCGCCGUCGCGGACUUUUUGGUUGGUGUUUUAGUCAUUCCUUGUACUGUGGAUGUUGUAAUUUACGGACAAUGGCGUGCAGGUACAAUCAUGGGAUACAUCAACGCUGCUGCCAAUUUUUGCUUCUGUAUUUCAUCAAUUGUUCACCUUUCUUUACUCUCUAUUGAUCGGUAUAUUUCUGUAUCUCUACCACUUCGAUACCAAACCAUUAUGUCCUCCAGAAGAACUGCAAUCUUUUGUCUUAUAAGCUGGAUUUAUAGCUCAUCGUGGGCCAUCAUCCCUGGAUUAACUGACUAUACUUCAUUUGAAUGUUUUAUUCCAUAUAUUGGUGAAUGCAAAACAGAACACUGGGCAUCUAAUACAGAGAGCUCCGUGUUUACUGUAUCUGUGAUCUUUUUCACAUUUGGAAUAUCAGCGUUGACACUGUGUUUCAUAUAUAUUCGUAUAUUUCAAAUCAUUCGCAUUCAAAAGAAAAAACUGAAAUGCGCAACUAACUUGGGACGUUUGUCUACAUCUCAUUACGUCACCGAUCACAUGACUCCAUCACAGGUUGAAAAACAACGUCGCAAUAACGCUAGUAUCAAGAAACAGUCAUUGAGGUCCCAGAAAGGUAUUUUGAUAAUAGUACUAAUCAUCUGCCUCUAUCUAAUCGCCUGGACACCCUUUUGUGCUUUUCUGUUUGUGGAGUUCAUCAUGAGAACAAAGAUGGUCAACAGUUGGGGUAUCGUCACCAUGUUUAUUGGGUUUGGUAACAGUGCGUGUAAUCCUGUUAUCUAUUGCAUGAAGUAUAGGACAUUCAGACUGACUUUGUGGAAGAUGCUCAUGAAAGGUCGCAGACAAUUAAUUUCGCCAUCAACGGAUACACAAGGGAGAAGAAGUGAAAGUCACUAAAAACUACUGUCAAACUUUGUUUUGGACAUCGAUCCUUGAUUGUAUAGUAAUUAAAAGAAAUUAGAUUCGCUUUAUUUAAAGUAGACUAAAUCACAAUCUCUCGGGUUUCAUCUGAAAAACAGCAAAAUCAUUAAACCGAGCUCAGCUUACUGUACUCUAAGCAUUUUUCGUCGGGUUUGAUCUCUAAGACUGGUUACGUAAUGGCCGACAUAUGACUAAGCUACUAAGCCUACAUAAGGACAUGCCUCCAGGAGGGUUCAUCAAUUUGGUUCAUUAUAUACGGUUGAAAGUAACUUAUAAACUACAUUUUACAAUCACAGUCUUCAGUUUCCUUUCCAUUUAUAUUGUCUUCAUUACGAUGAUAUAAAACUGACAUGAGGAUUAUUUUUCAAACUUCAAGUAACGAUCAUUUCAGGACUGUUUUCAGGACUAGUUUGAUUUCGUUCUAUUUUGUUAUAAUCAAAUAAAAUUGUUGUAAAAGACCAAAUAGUAGUUUGUUGAAUAAUAGCUUUUAACUACCUUCCAAUACGUCAAGAAAUAAAUUAGUGAUCUCACCCAGUUAAAUACUUCUCCAAUCACAU